GUAAUAUUAGUUAGGGUUCUUACUCUUAUUUUAUGCCUAAACUUCUAAAUUUAUUAAUAGAUUAACAGAGUGAAAGAAAUCCGCGGCUGUUAGUACGCUAUCAUCCUAGCAGGUUUAUCCUUGGUCUUCACUUCUUUUUUCUCUCUUCUUUUUGGUUUCUCUUAAAAAUAUUGGUUUCAGAUAUUUGGCAAUAAAACCAUCCUGGCCGGUUUAUGAUUUUCUUGGUUAUGCAGCACUAGACAUGGAGUUGUCAAAAACGGGUUCUAAGAAAAUAGGACAAACUACACGUCGUGCUAUUCAUUCAUGCUUGGCAUGUAGAAAAAAGAAACUGAAGUGUGAUCAUGGAAGACCUUGUUCGAACUGUAAAAAGAGAGGUACAACAUAUUCGUGUAUAUACUUGCAACAAGGACGACCGUCAUUAAGUGGAUUUGAUGGAGGAAGUGAAACAGAUUCUGUCAUAAAUGAGCUUUUAACUAGGAUUUCUCAUCUUGAGCAUAUGCUCGGAGAGUCCAACUCUCAUGGUCCAUCCCAGGAUACGACAUCAGCAACACCACAUCCAGAUGUAAAAGAAGAAUUACCUGCUUCUGAUGAAGCCGAACGGAAUAUAGGUACUUUAUCUUUGCGAGAUUUAACGAAAACCACUUAUGUCAAUUAUCCUUCAUCUUCUCAUGUGGCCUGGCAUUUACGAAAGACAAACUCUCUGAAUAUUGAUCAGGAAUUACCUGAAAAUGAAAAGACAAGGACACAAGAAUCCUUUCUAUAUCGCCUCCCCGCUCCUGAAAACGCUCUGAAUUUUCUUCCACCGAAGUACAUCUCCGACAUUUUUGUUAGGGAAUACUUCCUUCGGUGUCAUUUAUUUAUGCCUGUCUUACAUAAACCUAUGUUCUUGGAGAGAUACAAACUUUUUUGGGAGGAUCCUACUCAAAGAAACCCAUCAAUGACUUCUCUUCUUUUCUCAAUGUUUGCUAGUGCCUUACUUGCUUCACCAGUUGAAACCCGUAUCAGCUGGAAUUUAGGGAAAGAUGAAAAGUAUUUACAUACAGACUAUCCUUUAGCCUUUCGUUAUGCUUUGGCAGCCUCUGAUUUUUUAAUUGAUCCUGAUUUAAAUACUUUAAGAGCUUUGAUAAUACGUCAGAUAACUUUUGAUUCUGAUAGUUUGUUAGCUCCUCCUUCUAUAGUAGGACUGAUUACACAAAGUGCAUAUUUUAUGGGUCUGCACCGAGAUGGUUCUUUGUAUGGAUUAAAUAAUGAAUUUACUGAAAUUAGACGACGAAUUUGGUCUUCUGUGCUGAUCUUGGAUAUAAGAGUGUCUGAAUUGACCGGGAUUCCUCCUCGAAUACAAGAAGACAGUUAUGACACAAGUUUUCCUAGACUUCUUCCAGAUGAAACGUAUGAAGCUGAUCCAUCAGUCUUUGCUGCAGGGUCUUUCAUUUGCCUCACGGGUAGAGUAUCACGUAAAAUCUCCAAAUAUACACGAGUACUAUUAGGGUUGAAAACUCCAAAUUACAGUACAAUUUUGGAGAUGGAUCAGAAAUUUAGCACUUUUAUAAAAGAAGUCAAACAGGAGUUACUUCCUAAUCCUACAACAGUUCAUGAAAGACUACUGCAACUUUUCACGACUUAUAUAUUCCAGCGGUUCCCACUCUUGGCUCAUUUUCCAUUUCUAUUAAAGGAAGGUCCUUCAGUUUAUUCAUACAGCCGUGUCCGUGCUGUCGAGUGUGCUAUGACCGCUUUAUCCAGCUUAUACGAGCUAUGCACCACCCCCGAAUUUUCUAUAUAUUCAUGGUUUUUUUGGAGAUACCCCCCUUUUCAUCCGUGCAUUGUUCUUCUUUUGGAUAUAUUACAAUCUGAACAAAAUAUAUUUUUGGAUGACAAGAGAGUGGUUAUGAUUAAUCAGAUAUUCUCCCUGUUUCCCAAAAUUACGGAUAUUCGACGUUUUCAUCAGGCCUGGGCUUUGUUACAAACUUCACGGAACCAUGUCUGGGAAAAACUAGGAUUAAGUACUUCCAACAAUUUAGGAUUAUCAGAAGAAAACACUCCUGAAAUGGGAUUCUUGGAUCCGACAAAUUUAGAUAUUAAUUGGGAUGACUGGGAUGCGAUUUUUCAACAUUGUCCGUUCUAAGAGUUGAAUGUUCGCUGUAUUUUAGAUAGCAAAGGCACAAAAAAGUCUUUAUUUAUUUUUUGUAAAUCUAAAUAAUAAAAUCGUAGGAAAGAUCUAUUUGGUUUUGUUAUAA